AUGUACAUUCCGGAGGGACGUGUUGACUACUUCUUCGCCAUCCACGACGUCAGCAUCUCCGACUCCAAACUCAAGGCCAUGGAAGAUAUGCACGGCGACCCCUGGGAUAUCUUCGUCUUCUUCGGAAGCAUAGCGCUCGGAACUAAUAUGCUCGUGGCCUACCUUGACGCCCGGUACAAUCCACCACAAUACUACUACGGAGACAACCUACGAACGGUGCCCAACCUGCGCAGCUUUAGGGACCAGUCAGAGCCGCUCCCUCGAUAUGAGCGCGAGGACCCUACUGCGAGACCGCUUCUUGCUUUCGAAGGCAACACCCCGCCUCCCGCCUACGGUACCGUCUUCCAUAUUCCCGCGCCAUAUGAGGACGAAGAAGGCGACGAGGACGAUUCAGCAGGAUCGUCACGGGUUGCACCAGACAGCAGCUAUAUUGCUUACAUGGUGUAA